AUGGCUGAGCUCGCGUCUGGCGCCGUGAGCUCGCUGCUGGGCCUCCUCCGAAACGAGGCGCUGCUGCUGAGCCGCGUCGGGAGCGACUCGGAGUUCAUCAAGGAGGAGAUGGAGAGUAUGCACAGCUUCCUGGAGCACCUGGCCAGGACAGCGCCUCCCGCUGGUGGCGGUGGGCACGACGAGCAGGUCCGCACGUGGAUGAAGCAGAUCCCACGGAAGGAGGAGGCGGCACCUUUGCCCUCGUCAUCGUCUCAAGCUGCUGGCAUAGAAUACAAGGAGGAUGAAGACUAUCAGAUUCAAGCCGCCAACGGUUCUGAUCCCCGUCAAAGAGCUCUAGAACCUCGCCUUGUCGAGGAGUACUGUGCCGAGAAGCUAGUCGAGAAGUUAGCCAACUGGCAGGAAUUGCAAGCCAAAACCAACAACCGUAUAUCCAUGGCAUCCAUUGCCAUUGUUGCGCCGGAUGAUACAAAGGGCGCCGGCACCGUCGCACAGGACUCUUUGAGGUUUGCCACCAAAAACUUUAAGCGCACGGUUUGGGUCAACCUCUCGGCACUGCACUUCCCAUGGGAUCUUCCGCUGUUACCCAGCGAGAUCCUCUCCUACAUCCUGUAUGAGUGUGAGCAGCAGAAACAGCAUGAGGAUGAGCAGCAGAAACAGCAUGAGGAUGAGCAGCAGAAAGUCACAGGCGGGCAAGGUGAGGUGAAGCCGAAGAUGCCUAUUCCUUGGGAAGGUUACAGUUACAAAGCAAGACUCCGGUACGAAAUACUGAAUAUGUUUAAUUAUGGAGAAAUCCGCAAGAAGAUUGAUGAGAUCAGGAACAAGGUUCGAGAAGUUGACAAGGGGGAGAUUGGAGGAGUGGAUAGAGGGAAGGUUGAAGAAAACAAGUGCUUAGGCAUAUUCCACCAUGCGCUGCGGCUCGUGCUGAACACGCUGGUUCGGCCACUAUCCUCAGAGGGGGCUAUAGAGGAAACUGCUUCAUUGCUGAAAGAUCAUAUGGAAACAGGCGAGUCCAAGACCCAGAUUCAUCUCGAUAAUAGCCAAUAUGAAGAUAUCCUGCGCAAGGUGUUCCCGACAAACAAGCCCCUGCAGUCCCAGCAGAUCCAGGAAGCCACCACCAGUAGUGCUACUACACUGAGCGAGGCUCACAUCAAAGAAAUCAUCCACAACCACAAGAUUACUCUAGACAUCAUAUUGGGGCUGCUUCCCAAGCCACAGCUACUGGAAGGCACCUCUACCAAGGAACAAGCCAUUGAUGCUGCUGCUUCUGUCUCCAAGGAGAUAUCAGGGGAGGCAACAGGUGCUGCUGCUGCUGUUAUCAAAGAAACCAAGGAGAAAACGAAGGAGGUAUCAGAGGAGGUGACCAGUGCCAUUGCUUCUGCUGUCAUCGAAGAAACCAAGGAGAAAACGGAGACAUCAGGGGAGGUGAGCAGGGAUAUUGCUGCGGCCGUUGUCAAUCAAACCAAGGAGAAACUCAAGGAGCUAUCAGCGGAGGUGACCAGUGCUAUUGCUGCUGCUGUUAUCAAGGAAACCAAGGAGAAAAUGAAGGAGAUGGACAUUACCGGUGCUAUUGCUGCUGCUGUCAUCGAAGAAGCAAAAGAAAAGAUGAAGGGAAUAGUAUCAGGAGAGGUUGAGGCGACCAGGAUAGUGGAUAAGAUUAAGCCACGUCUGAAAAAUAAGAAGACCCUGAUUAUCCUCCAAGAUGACAAAGACUAUGUGUCAGCUGAAUCCCGGUGGGAGGAGACCAGAAAUGCUUUGAACCUAUUAGGCUGUGCACCUGGCAGUGCAGUGAUUGUGUCCACAAAGAACAGCGAAAAGGCCAAAGAUUUUUGCUAUCCACCGGGAGAACCAAUAACAUGUUCUCUAGUUGGACUCUACCAUGACACUGUGCUCCAGCUUACAAAGCCACGGAUGAUUAAUGGAAAUGACGGAGACAUCCCGGGGAUUCUACGUGAAAUCUUGGCCAAGUGCCAUCCACAUGAGUUCUGCAUGAAGAUCUUUGUGUAUGCUCUUUACACUAACCCCAACAGGAGCUAUGAAGAACUGUGUAAGCUAAAUGAAGAUCUGGCUCCCGCCAAGACAUUGGGCAGUAAAGCUAAGAAUAUGAUCAAGUUCUCCUACAAAGAUCUGCCUAGAGAACACAAGACUUGCUUGUUGUACCUAGCCAUCUUUCCUCAAGACCACAACAUCAAGAGAUCAACCUUAAUAGGACGAUGGGUUACGGAGGGGUUGAUAACUAAGCAAGACUGGGCCACUGCAGUGCAUCAUGCGGAGCAAUGUUUUGACACCCUGAUUAAACGAGGGCUUAUAUUGCCUCAUGAUAUUGGUGCUGCAGGAAAGGUCAAGAGCUGCAUGGUAGUUGAUCAAGUCCAUGGGUUUAUCACCGAGGUCGCAGAAAAAGAACACAUUUUGGAUGCACGCCUUUCUGAUCUUUGGGCUCGCCACUUCUCCAUCUUUAGUGGUCUCCGACUCCGUGCCUCUGAUGGCAUCGAGAAGUUUGUAUACAAGCUCCCCAAAUAUUCACCACAACUGCCGCUCCUGAAGGUGUUAGAUCUGGAAGGCACUCAAUGCUUUGACAAAAAUCACUACCUCAGGGACAUUUGCAACAAGAUAUUACUUCUCAAGUAUCUGAGCCUAAGAGGAACAAAUGUUAGACAUCUUCCCAGUGAAAUAAACAACCUCCAUGAGCUAGAGGUAUUGGAUAUCCGGGAAACUAUGGUGCCUGAGCGUGCAACAAGGAAUAUCCUGCUCCUGAAGCUGAGGCGCUUCUUGGCUAGCCGUGUUGAUCCAAAUUCAAGACUCAAUGAUAAGUCGGCACGCUUUCCUGUCCAGAUUCCUUUCAAGAUUGAGAAAAUGGAAAAUUUGGAGAUAUUGUCAAAUGUCAGGGCUUCAGGGGAUGGCAGUGAGUUGAAAGAGAUAAGACAUCUAUGGCAACUAAGGAAGCUCAAUGUGGUUAUCGAAGACAGGAACAAUCACCUUGAGAAGUUGCUUCGAGCCAUCGGUGACCUAAAAGAUUGCCUCCAGUCCCUUUCAAUCACUAUAUCCUACAAUACCAGAACUAAGAGCACUCUCUCCAACAAAGAGAUGCGUGAUCUGUUAAGACAAAGUCCCAAGCAUCUUGAGAGCCUAAGCAUCAAUGGAGUCACACAAAGUGGGCAGCUCCUUGAACUGCUGGCCAAAGGUAGUGAUGAACUUGCCAAGGUAACUCUGACUGGUACCUUGCUGGAAGAGGGUGAUCUGGUGGUCCUUGCCGUGCUUCCCAAAUUACACUCCGUCAGACUCCGAUCCAAUGCAUACAAUGGGAGAGAGCUCACCUUCAAGAAGGAUGUAUUUCCACAACUCAAAUACUUUCUUGUUGAGGGCUCCAACAAGGCUGUGACUGACAUCAAGUUUGAAGAUGGAGCAGCUACUGAGCUUGAGAAGAUUGUUUUGUCCUCCACCAACAUAAGGUUUCUUAGUGGGAUCGACAACCUUCCAAAAUUGAAGGAGCUUGAGUUGGAAGGAAACCAGUCCCUACUUUCAUUUUCUCAAGACAAAGUAUCUCCUGACCAAAGCGCCGAGAGUGGAUCCGCUGAGCAGAACACAAAGGGCGAAGCUACCCAGCGAAACACUCAGAGUAGGGCUCCUGAACAAAACAACGAGAGUAGAACUCCUGAGCAAAACACUCAGAGCAGAGCUGCCGAGAGAAUCACCGAAAGCAGAGCACCUGAGCAAAACAACGAGAGUAGAGCUCCUGAGCAGAACACUGGGAGCAGAGCUGGUGAGGGAAUCACCGAAAGUAGAGCAGCUGAGCAAAACAGCGAGAGUAGAGCUCCUGAGCGAACCAUUGAAAGCAGAGCACCUCAGCAAAACACCGAAAGCGGAGCAGUUGAGCAAAACAGCGAGAGUGGAUCUGCUCAGCAGAACACAGAGGGCAGAGCUGCUGAGCGAAACAUUCAGAGUAGAGCUCCUGAACAAAACAACGAGAGUAAAGCUCCUGAGCAAAACACUGGGAGUAGAGCUGCUGAGGGAAUCACUGAGAGUAGAGACCCUGAGCAAAGCAACGAGCGCAAAGCUCCCAAGCAAGACAGUCAGGGUGCAACUCCGAAGAAGAACACUGAGAUUAGUGCUCUUGAUCAGAACACUGACACCGAUAGUAAGUUCAUCUUCAAGACGGGAAAGUUCCAACAUCUCAGGUAUUUUCGUGUUGAGAGCUCCAAAAUGAUCAACGUCAUCUUUGAAAAUGGAGCAGCUCCUGAGCUCAAGAAGAUUGCCUUGUCAUUGACCGACAAACAACACCAGCUCCGUGGGGUUAGUCACCUUCCAAAACUGAAGGAGAUCGAGUUGAAGGGUGAGAAGUUCCUUUCAUUAUUUGACAAUGCUGAUAAAAUUGACAACGCUGAUAAAAUUGCCAAGGUGACUCUUUGUGAUACUCACCUGAAGAAGGGAGAUGUACAAAUCCUUGGCAAGCAAGAAAACCUGCGCUGCCUAGAGCUCUCAAUCAAGUCUUAUGAUGAUGACGAAGGCCAUCUAGUCUUCAACAAAGAUGAGUUCCCAAAUCUUGACCUUCUUAUUGUUGAGUGUCCUACCAUCAGCAGCAUCAGCUUCACCGAGGGAUCUGCUCCUAAGAUUGAAAAGAUUGUUUGGUCCUUCAAGGAGAUGAAGUCUCUCCAUGGCAUUGACAACCUUCCGAGACUGAAGGAGAUUGAGUGCAGGGGUGACCAGGUGCCAUAUCAGGUGAGAAGAGAUACUGCAGCGCAUAAAGCCCGACCUGUUCUUACACACAGGCCACAACAACAAGACCAAGCAAAAGAAACGAGCACAACAAAAAAGGACGAUGAUACAAGGUGUGCACCAAUCUCCCGCUUCUUGAAGAUCAAGAAUAAAAAAAUUGAAAAGAAAGAUGAAGAAUCGGCGCUGGUUGACUGAGAAAAGGUUUGCAAGGAUUUCACUCUCCAUCAUCCGCAUCACUAUCCAUUCAUAUCACUGCUUCCCUGAACUGCUGGCCUGUUUGUCAUGCUAUCCAUGUGCGUGCCUGUCAUGGUAUCUCCUUCAAUCACUUGUGCUUGUGUACAUGUUUGUUUUUUAAUUUCCAUCAGAGUU